AUACGGAAAACUAUUGCCCAGUGGUAGUGGUUGUUUGCGCUUCAACCAGUACGGACAGGUCAUAUAACGCAUUGGGUCGCGUAAUUGGGUUCGGCAGUUCCUUUCAAACCUUCCACACCGCUGGCUGUCCAUCGUUGGAGCUGUUUAUGUCUCUUAGAGCUAGCAAUUGAUCCAAUUUCGCCGGUCUAAUCAAAGGAAAUUAUUCAACUGAGGCUACGUUCGCUUUCGUUACGGCCAGAACGUUUCGUUGAAACGUGAUCGUACUACGAACUGAAUUGGCACUAUUCUAGCUUCCAUAGAGUGGCGAUCUACACACAUCCUUCAAACGCCACUUGUAAAUUUGUGUCAUUGUAGUUUGCAAACCAUUGCCAUUCUAUACGGCCAGAUAUUAAACAAGCAUGGCAACGAUGCAGUUUACACGCAACUUGUUGCAGCAGUGCAGCAGUCAGAGCAGAGCCCGCCCCGUCUUCUAUAGUACUGCAACGGCCGGAAACCAUAAGCUUCGGCAGAUCAUUCAACACCAGCUAGACGAUAUCCGCGAAGCCGGAACGUACAAAAGCGAGCGCAUCAUAACUACUCCGCAAGCAACUGCCAUUGGUGUCGCUGGAAGCAGUGGCAAGAUUCUUAACUUUUGUGCCAAUAACUACCUCGGAUUAUCGGCAAACACCGAUGUUAUCAACUAUGGCAAGAAAGCACUCGAUGAGUACGGUGCCGGAUUGAGCUCGGUCCGUUUCAUCUGUGGCACGCAAGACAUUCACAAGCAGCUGGAGAAUAAGCUGUCCAGGUUCCAUCAGCGCGAAGAUACGAUCCUUUACGCAUCCUGUUUCGAUGCAAACGCGGGUAUCUUUGAAGCGGUACUGACUCCCGAAGACGCUAUAUUUUCGGACGAACUUAACCAUGCGUCCAUCAUCGAUGGCAUUCGAUUGUGCAAAGCGAAAAAAGCCCGCUACUUACACCGCAAUAUGGCUGAUCUGGAAGAGAAGCUACGUACGACAGACGCACGUAUCAAGAUGAUCGUAACGGACGGUGUGUUCUCGAUGGACGGUAAUGUAGCUCCGUUGCCGGAGAUUUUCGAAUUGGCUGACCGGUACGGUGCGGUGACGUUUGUGGACGAUUGCCAUGCUACCGGGUUCUUCGGGCGUACCGGCCGUGGUACGGAGGAGUUCUACGAGAUGCUCGGUCGGUGUGAUAUUAUCAAUUCUACGCUGGGAAAAGCACUCGGUGGAGCUGCCGGUGGUUAUACGACGGGUCCACGUGAGCUAAUUGAUCUUCUGCGUCAAAAGUCAAGACCGUACUUGUUCUCGAAUUCGCUACCACCGCCUGUUGUGGCCAGCGCAUCGAAAGUGAUUGAUAUGCUGAUGGAAUCGAGUGAGCUGACGGCAAAGGUGCAGAGCAAUACGCGUCGCUUCCGGGAAGCAAUGACAAACGCUGGUUUCACCAUCUCCGGUAUGGACCAUCCGAUUAGCCCGGUAAUGCUGGGCGAUGCACGACUAGCUUCGACUUUUGCCGAUGAGAUGCUGAAGCGUGGCAUUUACGUGAUUGGAUUUAGUUACCCGGUGGUGCCAAAGGGGAAGGCUCGUAUCCGUGUACAACUGUCGGCAGCUCACUCAGAGGAAGAAAUUGAUCGUGCCGUGGCCGCAUUCAUUGAGGUUGGCAAGCAGCUUGGUGUCGUGUCGUGAGAACCAAAAUGAUGAUCACUCGCAGAUUCGGCAUAUUUGAAAUGCAAAAUUUCACCUUUCAAAAAUGAACUGAUUGUGUGCUGCAAAAUUCACCUUUUAUUACUACCAAUUGUUACUUGGGAAAGAAAUAUAAAAUAAGGGGAAAUAUUCAGGAAUAUCUUCACGGCAUCAGCAUUUGCCAGUUUUGCUGAGCAAAGUCACGUUAAAUAUAAUUUAUCGUAUGCAGAAUUUACAAAACUA